CUGCGCGACCGGAAAAUUCGCGAAUGUUCCUGAAGCGGAACCGGCUGUUUCCGGAAGUUGGCAGCCGCAGUCCCCGUGGGAACGGUGUUUGCUACAGAACAGUUGCAGUCGUGGCUCUGCGGUGUUUCGGCUUUGCCUGUAACGGCGGAUAAAGGAAAAUGGCCCUGCUGUGCUACAACCGGGGCUGCGGUCAGCGCUUCGAUCCCGAAAGCAAUUCCGAUGAUGCUUGUACAUACCAUCCAGGUGUUCCAGUCUUUCAUGAUGCAUUAAAGGGUUGGUCUUGCUGUAGAAGAAGAACAACUGAUUUUUCUGACUUCUUAAGUAUUGUAGGUUGUACGAAAGGUAGACAUAACAGUGAGAAACCACCCAAGCCAGUCAAGCCAGAAGUCAAGACUACUGAGAAGAAAGAACUGUCUGAAUUGAAACCUAGGUUUCAGGAACAUAUUAUCCAAGCACCAAAACCAGUAGAAGCAAUAAAAAGACCGAGCCCAGAUGAACCAAUGUCGAGUUUGGAACUAAAAAUAUCUGCCUCCCUAAAACAAGCACUUGAUAAACUUAAACUGUCAUCAGGAAAUGAAGAAAAUAAAAAAGAAGAAGACAGUGAUGAAAUUAAGAUUGGGACCUCAUGUAAAAAUGGAGGAUGUUCAAAGACUUAUCAGGGUCUACAGAGUCUAGAAGAAGUCUGCCUAUAUCAUUCUGGAGUACCUAUUUUCCAUGAGGGGAUGAAAUACUGGAGUUGUUGCAGAAGAAAAACCUCUGAUUUUAAUACAUUCUUAGCCCAAGAGGGCUGUACAACUGGGAAACACAUGUGGACUAAAAAAGAUGCUGGGAAAAAAGUUGUUCCAUGUAGACAUGACUGGCAUCAGACUGGGGGUGAAGUCACCAUUUCAGUGUAUGCUAAAAAUUCACUUCCUGAUCUUAGUCAAGUAGAAGCAAAUAGUACUUCAUUAAGUGUGCACAUUGUAUUUGAAGGAGAGAAAGAAUUUCAUCAAAACGUGAAAUUAUGGGGUGUGAUCGAUGUCAAGCGAAGUUAUGUAACUAUGACUGCCACAAAGAUUGAAAUCAUCAUGAGAAAAGCUGAACCUAUGCAGUGGGCAAGCCUUGAACUGCCUACAACCAAAAAACAGGAAAAACAAAAAGAAGAUCUUACAGAUGGAGUACAAGAAUGAAAAGCUGUUGCCUAUUUUAGAAUUCUUAAUGAUGUGCGGUGAAAUUGUGGCUUGCUGCUGUAAUCUUGUUGCUAUUUUUGUUUGUGAAUUUAGUAUUUCAGGGUCAUCCUUGGGUUCUUAAAAGCCAAAGUCUGGUUAUUUUUUUGUCUCUGUCUUCCUUUUAAGCUCAGUAAGAUUGACUAUUCAUUUUUCCUAUUAGAAAAAUACUUGUGUCCCAUACUUGAACAAGCUGGAAAAUAGCUCAUAAAUAUAAUUGUAGGAUUUCUCAGUGCAGUACUGUUAGGCAGAAAAAUAAUGUAAGACUUUUUAAAAAACUUUUGUCCCAAGUAUAAAAUGUGAAAUUUUAAUCAGAUAUUACAUGUAUUUUUGUUAUAUCCAUACUUGAAAGUCUUCAUGGAAGAUCAUUGUCUUUCCAAUGUGGAUAGUUUUUCUAGGAGGAUUAGUGCUGAGAUAAUGCAUUAAGUAAAAGGGAGUAUGUGUUGACAAAUUAGAAUUUUUUUACAAUUUAAUUUAAAAAUUAAAUCGAUAACUAUACUAUUUACCAAGCAUAUGAUUCAAAAAUACAAGAAAUAAAAUUAUAGAAGUAUCAAUCUGCCUAAAAUUCAUCAUUUUAUAGGACUAAGCAAUAAUUUUAAAAUCUCCACUGAUUAGUUGUAUGAUGUUAUGAAUAAAUUAUACUUGAAGUACAGUCUAAGACCUUUUAAUCUUUUAGUUACCUAUAAAAGGAAAUACAUAGCUGGUUUCCAUGAUGAAAAACUAAAAGUAUAAACAUAAAGGUUUGUGAAAAUAUACUGGAGUAUAGGAAAAGUAAAUACAUAAAUUUUGCUUUAUGAAACUAUUACAUGUUAAAUAAAAUAACUUAAUUCUUUCAGAAUUUUAUUUUUAAAGCUUUCAUGAAGAGCUUUAUAAUUUUAGUGACAGUAUUGAUUAUAGUGCUUAAUUUCUAUUAAAUGUAAGUAACACAGAAUUCAGUUGUUUAUGCUGUUUGCACCUAUUCACAGGUUGUUUUUUGAAUUUCUGCAGAGCUCCAAAAGAAGCUGUACUGUACUUAAGAACUGUUACAAAGUUUAGCGCUCUGGCAGAACUUAAUAAAUUUGGGGAUUAGUCUUAUAUUUAUUAGAAGUAAACUUAAAGGGAUUUAUUUCCAAAACUCUUUAAUAGUAAUAACAUUAUUUCAAAGACAAAUGCGCUGAAGGACUAUUUUAGUUAAUACUUUGUAUAUAUCAUUUUACUAUUGGCAGCAGAUAACUAUUCUAUCUCUUAGUUACAUAAUAUAAAGGUUUAGAUCUAUUGCAAUUAUAAAGACAAGUGGCAACCAUACUUUGUUGACAUUGAAAUAACUUUGCAAGAAACUUGACAGUAAAAAGUAGAUAAGUCUCUAAUGCUGAAAGAAUAUGUUUCAAGUUUGUAGAGUAUUUUUCUUGUGGAAACCAUAAUUAAGGGAUGGGGAUUUAGCUGAGUGGCACUGCGCCUGCCUCAAAAGCACAAGGUCCUGAGUUCAAUC